AUGACUCCUCCAACCCCUAGUAAUACCCAGAACUUAACCACGAAUGACGCACUAGCCUAUUUGAAGGCUGUCAAAGAUGCAUUUCAGGAUAAGAAGGAGAAAUAUGAAGAGUUUCUUGAAGUCAUGAAGGGCUUUAAGAGCCAUAGGAUUGAUACUAGCGGAGUGAUUUUAAGAGUGAAAGAACUUUUCAUAGGGCAUCGUGAUCUUCUCCUAGGUUUCAACACCUUCUUGCCUAAUGGGUACCAGAUCAAGCUUCUCGAGGAAAACAAGCCUGUUCAAUUUGAGGAAGCUAUUAGCUUUGUAAACAAAAUGAAGAGCCGAUUCAAGAAUAAAGAAAAUGUAUACAAAGCUGUCAUAGAUAUUCUAAAUAUGUAUCAAUGGGAGAACAAGUCCAUUACAGAUGUUUAUCAAGAGGUUGCAGUUCUUUUUCAGAGUCAUCAUGAUUUGCUUGAGGAAUUUACAAAAUUUUUGCCCAAUUCCUCAAAGGAAAGGACACAUAGUUUACGCUUGGAGUGCGACUGUAGCAUUGAUAGUCCUAAUCUGGAUCAUGAACAGAGGCACACUGAGCAGGAAAAUGACAGAAAGCAAGAAAGGGAUAGUCGAAAACGGGAUAGGGAUGAGAAAAACUUUGAGCUUGAUAGUUGUGAGUUAGAGUUAGUCCGUAAAAGGAAAUCUUCUCGUCGUGUUGAUGGCUCUGAACUGGUACACCAAGGAGUAGAAGUUGCUGAAAACCUUGGAAUGUACAACAUGUCUGCUUCAUUUGGAGAUAAGAAUUCUUUGAAGAAAAGGGAUAGUCGAAAACGUGAUAGAGAUGAGAAAGACUUUGAGCAUGAUAGUUGCGAGUUGGAGUUAGCCCGUAAAAGGAAAUCUUCUCGUCAUGUUGAUGGCCCUGAAUUGGUACACCAAGGAGGAGAAGUUGCUGAAAACUUUGGAAUGUACAACAUGUUUGCUUCAUUUGGGGAUAAGAAUUCUUUGAAGAGUAUAUAUGCAGAAGAAUUUACUUUUUGUGAGAAAGUUAAGGAGAAAUUGCACCCGGAUGCCUAUCAGGAGUUUCUUAAGUGCUUGCAUAUAUAUCGCAAGGAGAUUAUUACCAGAACUGAACUGAUGAAUCUGGUUAUUGAUAUCCUUGGAAAACAUUCUGAUAUCAUGGACAAUUUCAACGAGUUUUUGGCCCACUGUGAGAAUAUGGGGCAUGUUGUAUCAUCUCGUGAAAUAAUUAAUCCUAGUUAUCGUAUGUUGUCUCCAAAUCACCCAAUGCCUGCUACAACCCACAGGACUAAGCUUGGUAAUUCAGUACUGAAUGAUACAUGGGUAUCAGUGGCUAGUGAUACUGAAGACUAUUCUUUUAAGAACAUGCCAAAAAAUCCAUACGAGGAAAGUUUAUUUAAAUGCGAGGAUGAUAGGUUUGAGCUUGACAUGUUAAUAGAGUCAGCAAAAUCCACAACUAAGCGAGUUGAGGAAUUGCUGGAGAAAAUGCAGAAUAACACCUUCAACCUAGAAUCUCCAUUUCACAUUGAGGACUACUUUACAGUUCUACAUUUGAGGUGCAUUGAACGAUUGUAUGGAGACCAUGGGUUGGAUGUUAUUGAUGUUUUACGCAAAAAUGCUACUAAUGCAUUACUUAUAAUUUUGACUCGUCUGAAGCAAAAGCAAGAGGAAUGGUCAAAGUGCCGUGCAGAUUUUAAUAAGGUGUGGGCAGAAAUUUAUUCAGAGAACCAUCAAAAAUCACUUGACAAUUGUAGUUUCUCUUUCAAGCAACAUGAUACAGAGAAUUUGAAUGCAAAAGUAUCUUUGAUUUCCGCCGCAACUCAACGGACUAAAAUUAAAGAAAUUAGUGAGAAAAAGAAGGAGGAUGAUGUAAUUCUUGCUAUCGCUGCUGGAAUUGGUGACCUUGAAAGUAAUGGUACUUCUGAUGUUGUUGGAGUUAUGGAAAAUUCCAAUUCAGCUAAAAUUGAUGGCGACAUUGUUCAAGAGCUGGCUACAAGCAAGAUUAGAGCUGCAAAUGUUAAUGUAGUGGUUCUUGGCAAUGAUAUUCAUGAUAAUUAUGUGCUGUCCCUAACCUAUUUGAAGGCUGUCAAAGAUGCAUUUCAGGAUAAGAAGGAGAAAUAUGACGAGUUUCUCGAAGUCAUGCAGGACUUUAAGAGGCAGAGGAUUGAUACUAGCGGAGUGAUUUUGAGAGUGAAAGAACUUUUCAAGGGGCAUCGUGAUCUUCUCCUAGGUUUCUACACCUUCUUUCCUAAUGGGUACCACAUCAAGCUUCCCGAGGAAAAUAAGCCUGUUGAAUUUGAGGAAGCUAUUAGCUUUGUAAACAAAAUGAAGGACCAAUUCCAGAAUGAUGAAAAUGUAUACAAAGCUUUCAUAGAUAUUCUAAAUAUGUAUCGAAGGGAUAAUAAGUCCAUUAAAGAUUUUUAUCAAGACGUUGCGGUUCUUUUUCAGAGUCAUCAUGAUUUGCUUGAGGAAUUUACACAUUUUUUACCCAAUACCUCUGGUACGACUGCUCCUUAACGUCUAUCUUCUAUAAGAUAACUUGUAAGGCUUGAUGAGAGGAGUUCUCUAAUGCCAUUUAUACGGAAUCCUUCAAUGGUACGACACCAACAAAAUAAACUACUGCUGAGCGCUCCUUUUUUUCCUCAAUUUAAUUUUAUUUAGAAUUGAAGAUUUUUUGUAUGUUAGUUUGCUUGCACACAAAGAUCUACGUGGUAGUGGAGGGGAUUGUUUUACUGUUAUUAAGAGCUCUGUUUUUAUUUUUAAAUUAGUCUUAAAUGAUUUGUUUCAAUUUAUUUGCUCCACCUUUAUGAUUCACUUUUUAUUUUUUAUUUUUACAAAAUAGCAUCUUAAAAAAAGACUCAAUAUCUCAUUCCACAAAAUAAUUGAUUUUGGUUUUUAUGCUUUGAUGGUGCCUUUCCCCUCAAUAAGUAUUAGUUGAUUUAAAUUUAAUUUUACAUUUAAAAUUGUUUUGUUUGCAAUAUACAGUUGGCUUUUAAUAUAGCUCUCCUGACAUAAAGGUAACAGAUCCAAGGAUCAUCACUUCAUCUUUAGAUU